AACAUUUAGCGUUUAUUGACGAAUUAACUCCUGAUUGGUUGCUUUGUUUUGGUGUAUUAGAACACUGUUCCUUAACGACAGAGCAGUGAUUGGAUGUGCAGCAAGGCAGGGGCGGGCCUUAAGGAAAGAACAGUCCAAUCAUCAUCUGCAGCACUCUAUUUAAGGAUUUUAUGAGCGGCUCAAACUAAUUAUUGCCAUCUGCACUUUCAAGAGAAGCUGUUCUGUCAUCCGUGGCCUAAUUUCGUUGUGUUUAUGUGUACAGCAGGAGUCUGAUGAACUGCCUUUACUGUGGGCAAAGUGGAUUUCAGCCAGCUAUAGUUUUCCUCGUUGUGUUUGCUUUGGACAGUACCGGUUGUUCACAUAGGAAUGAUUUAUUUCCAAACGCGAUCCCCACUACUUUACAAGCCACAAUUUAGGAUUGUGUAGGAAUCAAUCUAGUAAUAAAUCUGAGGUUAUGAUGUCAGCCUUUGAUGGCGCUUUUCCAGCUCACCGCUCGACUCCAGCCGGGAAAAGGAGAAAAUCUCAGAACUCAAUACUCAGCUUUUUCCAGAAAUCCACUUUCCUCUCCCCCAGCAUAUGCUCGCUUUGCUGGAGCUCCGCUCAAAAUUCACAAGAUUUGUAACCCCUGGAGAAGCCCCACAGGGUCACUUCCUGCUCUCAGGACCAAAGAUGAAGGCAGCUGCUCCCAACCCAGUCAGAUCAUCAUUCAGUUGAGGAAACAGAAAUACAAUGCAGACUUUGAUCUGUCGGCCAAAGAGGGCGCAGACAUGCUGGCCUUCAUCUCACUGCUGGAGGAGCGGCUGUUACCUGCACUGAUCUAUGCUUUAUGGAUCGAUCCUAAAAACUAUGUGGAGGUGACGCGCCGCUGGCAUGGAGAGAAUAUGUCCUUCCCGCUCAACUUCUUCCAGCCGGGCCGCAUGCAGAACAGACAGCUUGAGCGACUCCGCCUGAUCAGGGGAAACAGUUCGCUGGAGGCAGGGGAAGAGGCAGAGAAGGAGCUUUACCACGAUGCUCUGGAGUGCCUCAAUCUUCUCUCUCAGCGUCUGGGAUCGAACAAAUUUUUCUUUGGCGAUUCGCCCUCUUCUCUAGAUGCAUAUGUCUUUGGUCAUCUAGCUCCGCUUAUCAAGAUCCGUCUGCCUAACUGCCAACUGCAGCAGAACUUGAAGAAUCUGGACAACUUGAACACAUUUUGCUGUAACAUCCUGAGCUUGUACUUCCCCAGCGAGAGUAAAGAGGGCGUCAAUCGUCCGAUGUCCAGCACACAGCAGGGGAGCGACUUUGACAACGAGCCAUAUAAGAGACGCAAGCAGCUGCUGUCAGUGCUGGUCGCAGUCGCAGCGAUGCUGAGCUACGCUCUCUUCACCGGCAUAGUAGCUAUUGAGCAUGUGCAGGAGGGGGAGCCCAUAGGCCCCGCCUCACUCAGAGGCCCCUCCCAUGAGGAAGAGGAGGACUGAAUGAGGAUGGUGGAAGAAAACACAGGAACAACAUAUUGUUAGGGAUUCAUGUAUAAUUUAUUCCUUGAGCUUUAAUUGCAUGAUAAUCUUUGGUUUUAUAUCUUAUUUUUUCCAUAGAGCUGCAUUCGUUGUUUUUAUCUUUUUCACUGGGUAUAUUCACCUGUGUUUUCUUUUCUCGUACCGAAAAAAAAAAAAACUGUUUAUGGCUACAAAUGUUAAGCUAGGUUUAGCGGAGAAAGCACUUAAAACUUAAACGUCAUCACCAAACACAUCGUUCAUUGUGGACCAAAACAUGGCUUUAUGAUAAUGAGAUUAACAUCUCUUAUGUGCUAUUGCCUUAUUUGAUGCUCUGUGUUUUUCUUUUAAUACAUUUUAUUUGCACUCCUGUGUUUUUCUGCUCUGCUGUCAGUACUGGUCUGCUGUUAUGGAUCUAUAUACUUGAGAGAGAUUAAUAUUUAUAUUAAUGUGAUGAUCCUAUUGAGUGAAAUAGGAAAUUACCAGUAUUUUAUGACUUAAAUCACCAAAAACAUGUCAUUUAUUCUACUUCAUGUCUCAUUCCAAACCUGUGCGACUUGGUUUCUCAUGUGAAAUAGAAAAGGACAUAUUAUGUAAAAUGUCGACAUCGAUUUCCUCUCAAUUAAAGUGAAGAUUUGUGCUCCUGAAGGAGAAAAAGUAUUUCAAACAACUUGUGAUCUAUUUUCUAAAUAUUCUACAACCAUACUUUAUUUAAUUUAUAUAGUUGUUUACAAAUAAUAUGCCUCUUGGCUGUUGGAACUUAUUUGCACUGUAUAUCCUUUCAAAUAUGCAUAUGCAUUUAAAAAUUUGUAUCAGCAUGUUCGGUCACAUGUGAGAACCAAUAGCGCUUGGCAUCACUAAUUUGUGCAUUGCACAUUUGAAUAUUAUGCCACAUUGUACAGAAAACGCUGACUUAAACAGGAUGAUUAAAAAGAUGUUCUUUGGUGGCAAUCAUACGUUCACAACAACACAAGGGUGAGUUAAAGAUGACAGAAUUACAAGUUUGGAAUACGCAAACCUUUUAAACACUUUCAGCUUACUGCAAAGGAUAAAGUUAUUGAGGAUUAGAAAUGGAAAAUGCAUAUUUUUUAGGAGAACGUAACUGAUUUUUAAAGCCAGAAGUUACUGUCCAAAGAAAUCUUUGCUGACAGACCACAAAACUGGCUAAGAUGUUUCAGUUCCUGUAACUUUCCAUGAGGUCCAUGGCAGUUAAACUAAAGGAGAGUGAUUUUUGUUUUAUCUAGUUAAACUGUUUAAAAGAGAAACAAUGGAUUAAUGAAGAUGUCUAAUUUGGGUAUUGUUACUUAUUGUUUGUUGUCCUUUACUCUCUCUCUCUCUCUCUCUCUCUCUCUCUCAGUAUCUUUGUUUUAGACCAUAAAGCUCCAAAACUAGUUCACUAGUGUGUUGAUAUGUGUGAAUUCAUUCACAGACUACAAAAUAAGAUUGAACAGUCAGUUAAUCUAAUUUCACAAGGUGUUACGGGCUGUAAAUAUAUAUUGCUUAUGGAGUUCUAUUUUCCUAAUUUAAUGGGCAAAUAAAUAGUCCUGAAUAA